AUGUUCAAAGAUAUUCACAACCACGAACAACGGAACCAAACAUCCCGAUUACCAUCUCCUGUGCGACAAUCAGUCGAAAAAUAUGUUGGUAUAGGUUUAAAUGAAGCUCAAAUUCGUUCGUCUAUCUCAAUAGAUUAUCCAAAUAUAACAGUACAGUCAAUUAAAUUACCAUCAUUAAUUCAAACCAAAUGGCGAAAGUCUCAUCCUAAAAUGUAUUCGAUUCAUGAUUUUCGAGAAUGGUGUGAUAAUCAUCGCGACGGAAUUUUAUCAUAUUCAACGUUUGUACCAUUCUAUUAUAUAAAUGAUGUGAAUGAUUUAUUUGUGUUUUUUACAACGAAAAAAUUAUUUCAACAAAUUCAAUUUACCAAAUUAUUGCAAGUCGAUGCCACUGGAGACAAGGCCGUAGCUUAUCUUAACCGAUCAACUGUAUUAAGAAGAGAGUCGAUUGGAAUUCAUGUAUUUUCUCGUCAACAAGCACUCGUAAUGAAUAGUGGAAAACCUGUUUAUCUUCAAUUUAUGUUAAUUGAAAAUGGAAAAUUAUUUUAUAAUUUGGAUAUUGUGGGAGAAAAUUAUGUUUCACCAAAUGAAAUAACAGAUCAAUGUCUGCUUACAGAUAUUAAACGCUUAAUUGUUGAUCCAACAGAUACAUGGUUAGUUACAUUUGAAGAAUGUUCAAUAAAUUCAAAUAGUGAUGAUCAUCAAUACGAAAGAAAACAUACAUUUUGGAAAUUUAAUUUAAAUAAUAACCAAUUUAAAUUAAAUACAAGUGUAACAUAUACAUAUGGACAAGAAACAUUAAAUAAAAUGUUAUUUCAUCCACAUAAACUUGAAUUGGCAACAAUUGGAAACGAUGGUUUUAUUAAAGUUCGAAAUUUUAUUCAAAACCCUAUUGCAAUUAAAAUAAAAUUAUGUUGUUCAUUUGAAAAUUUGGUAACCGUACGGAUUGAUACAAUAGAUGAUAUAACUGAAGAAUCUGGUCAUGAAUAUUCCCGUUGUUUUGCUCAUAAUGAUCGAAAAAAUCCAGUUGAAUUUAAUUUAUUUAAUUGUUUAAAUGGGCAAUUUAUUAAAUCAUUUUCAUGGCAUGUUCAUGCUUUAGCCAAAGAUCUAAGAUCAUCAAUUAUUGCUCUUUUUGAUAAAAGUUUUCUUCAUUUUUAUUCAUUUUCUGAUGGAAAAUGUCAUUCACGUAAAAGUUCAUUAUUUCGUCGUGUUACAUCAGUUACAUAUAUUGCAAAUGAAAAAUCAUCUGCAUUUGCUCCACUUCAACAUUCGACAUUAAUUUUUUAUAUUCCACAAGAAAAAACGUUAGAUCAAACGGGAAAAGUUCGUCAUGUAAUUUAUUUUCUUGCUGUUGCUAAACCAGCAUCAAUCAAAGUUCCACAAGAUAAAAAAACCUAUUCAAUUUAUUCAUUUAAAUCAAUUAGAAGAACAAGGAUAAAAUAUGAACAAACUUUGAAUAAAAGACUGGGAAAACAAGAUAUUGCAGUUAUUAUGCAUACAAGUGGAAGUACUGGAACACCAAAAGAUUUAACAUUAACAGUAUGUUUGGAAUUAAAAUCUAUUUAUCAUUGUUUAUGGUGUUUUGAUGAUAAAAACUAUUGUGGAUUUCGUAUAUGGUCAAGUGAAACAGAACAAAUUGAUGAUAAUAAUGAUAAAGAAGAAGCAGUUUUUUUUAUUGGAAUAUGA